GAUAAAGUUGCAAUUUAGCACGCCCACCGUUAGGUGUCGCAAUGUGUGGGAGCUACCAGAAUCCCAACCUCAAUUUAUUUUUGAGAGCGACUGAAAUUCCAUACAUGUCGUACUGUGCGGAAGUGGCGUUUCGGUUUACAAACCAGCGGCAAACCUAGGUCAGUCAACGAAAAAUAUUCCAAAAAAACUGAAUGCGCCAUGAAGCCGCAGCUGUCCGGGGCGCAAAGGCGAGCGUUUGCGCCUUCAUUAUGCGGAUCUGAGGCUGUGCGAUCAAUUCAAGAGGAGCUUGUUGCUGCGAUACACGGAGCUCUGGAAGUGGCUGUGGAGAUCGCAGUCCGGGAGGUGAGAACGCUCGUAGGUCAGGCGACAAGUGACAUGUAUGUGGAGCUGCGGAGGGAAAACGAGUCCCUGAAAGAGAAGCUGCAGCGGGCAGAAGAGAUGCUGGCUGAAUGUGAGCGGCUUGAGGAUAAUGACGGAGGCGUUAUGCGAAGAGGCGAGGCGCCCCACCCUACGCCCUGCGGUCUAAACAAGAAUGCUGCAACAGAGAGCGCCGAGAUCAGGAGUGAGCCUGCAGGUCACGGCUGCCCUGGCCCGGAUGUUCGAGGUGAAUACAUGAACAGACGUGAAGAGCUGCUGGCCAAUGUAGCCUCAGAACAAGAAAAGGAUCAUAAUAAUGAUCCCACUGAGAUGACAUCUCAGAUGAUUGCAUUGAAAAACGAAGGCGUGAUAACAUGUCGAAACCCACGAGCUCCAGAGUCGGCGCCACCUCUCAGCACUGCCAUCAAAUCUACAAUGGAGCAAGUUAUCGUAAAGCAGGAAAGACUGGAAGAGCAAAGGAGUGGGGCGUCCUGCUGCUUGGAAUUAAUUAAAGAGGAAAACUUAAGCAUGGAGGGCAUUGAGUGGUCACCAGAGGAGACAGAUGUUCAGAGUCAAGAUCCAGAGACUCGUCUUCUCGGUGCAAGGGUAGAUCAAGCUUGUCCUCCAGACAUGAGCAGCAGCCUCCCUUCAGCCUCCGACCUCCAGUCCGUCUCCCAAGAGUUUCCAAACAUCUUCCACCUGGCCGAACAAGCUUCCGUAUCGCAAGUUCCUCCGCAGGUCCACAGAUUCCACCUGGAGGCAGGCCGCAGCGUCUCCGCCGUUCCCACGUGCAAGUUCUGCGGUCAGACCUUCCCCCUGCCCAGCCUGCUACGGCGACACUACGGCCAGUGCCGCCAGAGGCUCCAGCAGCGCUGUCUGCCGCCCGUAGCGGGGGGCACGCGAACCAGGCUGCAGCUGUACCCCCCGGGCUGCAGCCCCUUCCGCUGCACCGUGUGCAGCCGAGAGUUCAACCGCUUGGAGAACCUGAAGACCCACCUGCGCAUCCACACCGGAGAGAGGCCGUACACCUGCUCCGUGUGCCUCAAGUGCUUCCGCCACUCGGGAGCGCUCACCCGGCAUUUCCGCAUCCACACCGGGGAGAAGCCCUACGUCUGCGGGCAGUGCGGGAAGUCGUUCAGGAACUGUGGAGGGCUCAAAUUCCACCAGCGCUCUCACAGCGAUAACCAGCAGUAGAUUUGGAGAAUGUUGACUUCUUUAAUGCAUUAAAUAAUUUUAAUCAUCUGCUUUAGAUGAAUAUAAUCAGUUUGUCAGCAGUCUUCCUCAGGAUUGAUUUUGACUAUAAAUUUCCAAUAUAAUUUUUUUUAAGAAAAAAAAAGAUUAAUUAGCUGUCAGUAAAAAACUGUAAAGAGUCAAUACCAUACGCAAGUGUCACUUUUUUGAAAAGAAAUGCAUCAGGGGUUUCGAUUGCGUUUUUAAUUUAUUGAAAUGCUCUGAUGCUUUAAGAUUAAAUAUUUUUAUAUGUGGUUUUCACAGGAUCUUCUUUUAAAAUGUUUCCUUGACGAUGUUUUCACAAAUUAGCCUUUUUAAUUAUGUGGUGAAGCUGCAAAGUCUGAGUCAGCAUUUAAUAAAACCUUCAAACGGUGGAAUGUAUUAGAUUAACUUAUAUUAAUAGCGGUAUACAGGUAUGGUGUAUUUGAAAAUAACAAUGGUAGUGCAUAAUGACAUUUUAUGUUUUUUGUGGAGCCUUCUGAUUGCAAUCAAAGUGCUGUUUUUCGUAUUUAAAUAAAAUCACUGUAUGAGCCAGUUUGA